CCUUUCUCUACUGUGCUGCCAAUCGCGACCUCCAGGAGCACGCUGCUUUUUGCCCUUUAGAACCCCCUUCCCAGGCUCAGGCUCAGGCUCAGGCCCUGUGCCAAGAUGGAAUGGCACUGCCCAACGGCGGAUGCUUCGUCUAUUAGCAUCCGGGGCAGUCCUAGCGCCAGCAUCGCCUACAUCUGAUGCUCGGGCCGUCCAUCGAUGUCGUCCUAUGGAGCCAUCGGAACCCACAAGCCCACCCAGCGAGAUUCCCAUGGGCGGAUUCCCAUGCCGCUCUUAGCAUGGAGCCAAGCUUCUGCAUUGUGGCGUAGCGACGAUUGCCAAUGCCAUUCCGAUGCCCCAUUCGGUGCUUGCCGGAUGCUUGCACACAUUAGGGUCUUGCACGUCCCAUACUUUAAUCAUUUUUCGUUUCAAAACAUGCUCGCCUGCCCGGCCACGGACUCCCCGGCUGCCCUGGUCCGGAGGCUGUCAGAUCCCGCCGAACCGAAGCGGCAGGUCGGUGCGAGGUCUGCCAGGAGAUCCGGCCCAUGGACACAGGCCCAACCGUUCCCCUCGCCAAGGCCUGAAACCGAUAAAUCCACUGUCGUCCCCUGCCUUCUGAAAAAAGGUUCGCGUCUCACACAGCUUCGUCCAACGUCGGGAAAGACCUGCCGUCAAUCAAGGCAGCUGGGGUUCGGACAAGGCUGGGAUGGCGUCGAGACCUUGUUCUUUUCCUGUGUACAUGAAUUAUAACUGCUGGUUCCCUCCCGGACGCCUCCAUCAAACCUGCCUCUGAGCCUCUGGCCUUGUGACGAUGCAGUUCUACACUGCUAUCUUGGGGGUGUGACUGGGUUCGAGAUAUUCGACAGCAAUAACUUGUUUCGACCUCGCCUGUAACCAUGCAGGUUCAUGCCAGCACCAUGGUUCACUCUCGCAACCCACACCUUCAAGCAGCAACCUAAGUCACUUUGGUUGAUUACGGACGAUUUGGCGGAGCUGACGGGUCAUGAACAGCAAAUUGUGCAAGAAAAGGCAGGAAACAAAUUUCAUUCCGCACCAAGACACCCAACCCGCCACUAUUGUCAUGGCGGGCUGGUGUGCUCGCCGCCUGAAUGCCAAAGGGCCUUGAUUGACCCAAAGAUAAGAAGCCUCAAGCAGAGGAUCGAGCACGAAAUGCUUGAGCAGGAAAUGGGGCUCAAUAGAUAGAUGGUGGCUUGUCGAAGUCGAACCGGAGCGACGAGAGCUUGUGCGGUCGUAUGAGCAAUCUUGACGAUGACCAGGGCGGAUCGUGUAUUCCGGCCAGUCCAGAAAAGACAGGACUAAAAGGCUGGCAGACAAGGGGUUGUUUAUGGGCUGCAUCCUGGUGCCGGAUAUGGUGAGCUACUACUCCAACACCGACAACAUAGUCUGUACCUUCUCUCCUCCGGCCUGCCAAGCGGCCUAGUCCGAUUGUCGGGCGCGUCCAGUCCACACCUAUCCUUAGCCGAGAGGGGUUCGGCCCUGACCUGGGUCGGGGAACCAUGACUCGCCGCCGCUGCAACGGACCUGCGUCGCCGCAGCGGGAAGGUGACAUCGCACGCCAUCAGAAAGAGGAGACACACCGCACCUUACACCCCCGACCUCGGGGAACAUCCACGGAGAUGCGCCGGGCUUGGCUCUUGGCCGGGAUAUAUCACCAGACCGUCGACCGGCACAAGGCCCCGCUCUCCUCCUCGUCCUACUCCCAGUCACCGCACCUACUCCAGGCCACCCCCACCGAACCCGCCAUGAGGUUCUCACGGGCAAACGCGCUCCUCGCCGGGCUGCAGGCCGCCGUCUUUCCGUCCGCCGCCCUAGGCCAGGACAACGGCAGCUGCGACGCCUACAACACCAUCUCGCUCGGCGACUACGGCUCCUUCUCCGGCACCGUCGUCAACUCGACCCAGACCGGCCGCCCGCUCCCCGCCCCCGUCGACGCCUGGCUGGGCAUCGACUACUCGACGCAGCCCGUCGGCGACGGACGCUUCCGGCCCGUGACGUGGCCCGCGCCCUUUGACGGCGUCAAGCCGGCCGUCAGGUUCGGCAAGUCGUGCGUCCAGGGCCCACCAGGCACCAUCCCGGCCGGGGAGGAGGACGAGGCGUGCCUCAGCUUCAACGUCUUCCGCACCCGGGGCGUGCCGCUCGACCAGAAGACGCCGGUGCUGGUGUGGAUCCACGGCGGCUCCUUCUACCUCGGGUCCUACCGCAGCUUCGACGCCGCCGCCUUCGCCGCCUCGUCCAAGGUCCCCAUCACCGUGGUCAACUUCCACUACCGCCUCAACUCGCUCGGCUUCCUGCCCUCGACCCUGUUCGAGGAGGAGGGCCUGCUGAACCUGGGGCUGCGCGACCAGAACUUCUUCCUGCAGUUCGUGCAGCGGCACAUCGCCUCCUUCGGCGGCGACCCGGACGCCGUCACCAUCGGCGGGCGCUCCGCGGGCGGCCACUCGGUCGGCAUCCACUACUUCCACAACUACGGCGAGGACGCCGGCCGCAGCCUGUUCCGCGGCGCCAUCCACCAGUCGGGCUCCGUCACGGCCCGCGCCUUCCCCAACUCGACGUACCCGCUCUACGUGCGCCAGUUCAACGAGUACAUGCAGUUCCUAGGCUGCCCGCAGGACCAGGGCAACGAGGCCGCGCUCGCCUGCCUGCGCGCCGCCGACAUCGCCAAGAUCCGCUCCAUCUCGUCCAAGCUCUACCUCGAGGGCGACGGGCCCCUCACCUGGCCCUUCCAGCCGACGGCCGGGGGCCCGCUCCUGGAAAAGUUCGGCUCGCAGUCCGGGUACGACGGCACGUUCCACCACGUCCCGACCAUCACGACGACGACGACCAACGAGGGCAAGUUCUACGUGCCCGGCAACCUCGAGACCAACCAGCAGUUCCUCGACUACCUGCACAACAUCUCGCCCGCGCUCGACGCCGCCGACCUGCGGCUGCUCGAGGACCUGUACCCGGACCCGGCCGCGCGCCCGGACUCGCCCUACGCCAACUCGCCCAACAGCACGCAGUACGAGCGCAUCGCCGCCGCCUGGAGCGACUACGCCUACAUCUGCCCGGGCCAGGAGACGGCCUACCGGGCGGGCGCGGCCGGCGUGCCCGUGUGGAAGGCGCGGUUCGACACGCCCAACUUCACCCCCGCGUGGCAGGGCAUCCCGCACACGGCCGACGCGCGCUACACGUGGGACGAGCCGACGGCGCAGCACGUCGACGUCUCGCACGUCUACCACGCCUACCUGGCCAGCUUCGUCGCCGCCGGCGACCCAAACGCGCACAGGUGGCCCGGCGCCCCCGAGUGGCCCGCCUACAGGCCGUCGGGCUACGGCCUCGGCUCGGAGCCGGCCGACCAGCUCGUCGUCCGCCCCGAGGGGGGCACCAAGGUCGAGAAGGACGACAUCCGCCGCAAGGAGUGCCUGUACUGGCGCAGUCCCGAGAGGGCGCCUCGGUUGAACAAAUAAAAAGUACGAAACAUCAGCAUGUGGAAAAGGGGACGGGGCGGUUCAGGCAGAAGGUCACAGAAAGUAAUUUUUAGUAUUCAACUAUGAUAGAAAGGGGGGGUUUGGAGAAAUUCCUGCAUUGUGGUUGCCUAGAAAAAGGUUGUCAUAUCUCUAGAAAUGUUGGCAGAAGUGCAAAGGGGAUAGAUGCGGGCUAUCUCUCUCUGGCCAUGAUCGUCGUCAGGCAUCCCAACCCUGGUUCCUCAUAUACACCUUCACGACCGUGUAAAAUAUGGCAGCAAUGACGACGAGCAUGAACAGAAUGCAGAAAAAUAGCAGGCAGACGUCCCAAGAGAACAGAAAACGCAACCGGUCCCGGACGGAGUGGUUGAAACG